AUGGAGAGUAUUGUCACUCUCGUCAAAAAUGAAAUACUGUUGGACGAAGAACAACAGAAAGCUGUUGAAAUGAUUUGUCACAAUCCUAUCACAUUAAUAAGUGGGAAAGGUGGAUGUGGUAAAACUACUGUAGUAAGCCAGACUUUGAAAGCUGAAUACCAAUCCGAAGGAAAGGAGCCUGGGAGAAAGCCUAAGGUUCUCCCCACUGCUCCAAUAGGAAAAGCAGCAAACAAUUUAAAGAAACAAACUGGCUUUGAUUCUUAUACAUUGUAUCAGGUGCUUUGGAGUUAUUCUCUUUAUCAAAAAGAGAAGUUUACAUGGAGGUUUUCUGAGGUGGAGGUCUUUGUGGUGGAUGAGGGCAGCCUGGCUUCGCUCCAGAUCUUGAACUAUGUGUUUACACUGUUGAUGAAGGAGGCACAGUUAAGAAAAGUAAUCAUUCUCGGUGAUAUCAGACAACUACCCAGCAUCCAGCCUGGCAAUGCUCUGUCUGACCUGUUUGAAAGUCUCAAGAAAAAAGGAUGGGCUAUAGAGUUAACCACUAAUCAUCGUUCUGAAUCCCAUCUGAUUGUGCGUAACACUACAAUGUAAGUUCCUGGAAAACCCUGAACGUCUGGUUAAUAUUUACGGCUGCUUGAAUACUGUAGGUGCUUGGUCACAAAGAUCCCUAGCAUGCGCUUCAUGGCAGAUCACAUGAUUAACAGUGAGAUAGAAACUUAUCUUUUUAAAUACUUUGACCUGACUUUGGCCAGCUUCUCAUUGUCAGACAGUCAGUCUGUGCUGAAAGUCCUGUGGAACUUGCUGUUCAUGGCAUGCUGAUUGUCUGAUGGGUUGCAGGUUGUAUGGAAUAAUCUAUGAGCACUUGGUUACCAAGGAGAUGUAUUUAAAUGUGGCCAGCAUUAGUAAAGACAAUCGAAAGGCAAAUGUUUUGGUUGGCCUAGUGUAAUUCUAGAGGUUACCAGGGGAUGUUGCCUGACGAUUUCGAUAUUAGAUUUUGAACUGAAUGACAUUGCACAUAAAUUGCUAUGCAGGUUUCAUCCAUGCCUGUAGUACAACUGCAUGGCUGUAAAAACACAUUUAACAUGAUUUGUAAAUGAAUGUCUAUCUGUGCUCCAACUGGCUGAAAAUGACCUUGAACAUUGUAUAAUGUUAUGAGCCUAUGCUCAUUUGCCUAUGCUUUUGGCUAGAAAGUUUUUUGUGUCUCUAUAGAAUUCUAUGUAUUUAUGUAUUAAUUUAGAAUUUCGGAAACACACACAGGGGUUGUUGCUAUGCCGGCCUGGAAUUUGAUGCUAUCGUCACUGUACCGACACAGAAAGAUUCGAAAGCCACAGUGCAGACUGAUGACAAGAGCUUUAUUUUCAUACCUCUGCCCCCUGGUUUGGAAGAUGCUAUUAGAUUCCUUUUAGAAGCAGCCCCAGGGUUGAAGGAUGAUGCAAAAUCACAGUUCAUUACAUUUAAAAAGUCUGAGGCAGCACACCCCCAAACACAAAGCAUUGCAUUGCUAAAAGCAAGGUAAGACCCAAUCCCCCAAUCAAUACAGUGUAAUUCCUCUCCUUAAGUAGAAUGCUGUCUGAUUGGUCACGUUUUAACUCUACAGAUCAAAACCUUCAACAAGUUUACACAAAACUGAUUGCUUUGUUUUGUGUAAUAGACCUGGAAUGCACUUACAGAAGUUACUUGUAAUAUGAACUUGUGGACUUAAUGUGUUUUAUAUUUAAAUUUAAAAAAGAUUCAAUUGUAUUUCAGAAAACCAAAUUUGGUUUUCGAAAUUGGCAACAAAGUAUGUUGCACAAAAAAUGUCGAUGUUAAGGAAAAGACAAACGAAAAAGAGUUCAGGAUGAAAUCCGCUGAAGAAGAAACUGUCCGGCUUUAUAACGGGGAAAUAUUCUUCAUUACUAAGGUUUGGGUUCCGUUUAACACUUGAAACCAAGGCUGCUUCUUUCCCUUAAUUCAGUUUCUUUAUCUUCUGUGCAUUAAUGUAGCAAAGACAUAUAUCAGUUUGCCUUUCUGUCAUAAGAACCUCGAAUGUCCCAGAGCAUUGCCCCACCUCUUCUGAGUCUUUUAAAUUGGCAGAGGUUGCUUACAUAUCUAAGUGUUUCUAAUGAGUUUAAUCUUAUUUAUUUGGAGGGUGAAGUAAGACUUCCAGAUCUCUUUGUUUUCCCAGACACUGUACACUAUGCCGGACCCUGUCACUGGUUGAUUCAGAAGGACCGAAUAGUCUUUUAGUUUUUUGUUAAUAAUUAUGAACAA